CUCAGAGUUCUGGAGCCAACCUGCCUCACUCCCUGAGAUGCUCAGGUCACAGAAGCAGCAAGUCAGAAGCCUGAGGGGACUGACGGAGUGCAGCGCUGGAGGCCGCUAGAGCCUCUGUGGGGAUGGAGGCCUCAGAAGGGCAAGGUGGUGAAGAGGAUAAGCCACAGGAGACGGUGACGGACGUGCCCUGCUUAGAGAGGCGCUCCAGCACCACCCCUGCCAGGGAUGCGCUUGUGCGCCAUGCCAAGGGCCUGGGCCAGGACACCUUCAAAAUUUGUAAAGAAUAUCUAAGGCCGCUGAAGAAGUUCCUGAGAAAGUUGCAUCCGCCCAGGGACCUUCCCCAGAAGAAGAAGCUAAAGUACAUGAAGCAGAGUCUGGUGGUCCUAGGGGACCACAUUAACACCUUCCUGAAGCACUACUGCCGAGCCUGGGAAAUCAAGCACUGGAAAAAGAUGCUGUGGAGAUUUGUCUCCCUCUUCUCAGAAUUGGAGGCCAAGCAGCUUCGCAGGCUCUAUAAGUACACCAAGAGCAACCAGACAGCCAAGUCCCUGGUGGCGUUCUGCCCGUUGGACACCCGGGAGAGCUCCUUGCUGGCCGAGCAGGAAGACAGUCUGCCCAAGCUCUGCAGCGCCUGGGGGCUGCGAGGCAACAUCAGCGGCAUGAAGGAAAGGCUGUCCAAGAUGCAGGCCCCGGGCCACCACGAGGCCUCCCUGCUGGGGGAGCCAAUGUCCCCGCUCCACAUCAGGAGAGGUCCUUUAAGGAAACAUCCUCAAAAUUCAAAACUCAAGAGAAAGAGGAUUAUGGAGGCCUCAGAAGCUCCAGAGACCUGCCCAUAAGAAGGCUAUCUGGGUCAGAGGACAGCACCCUUGGGGUCCCAGAGCAUUUAUCUUCAAUACCUGUUCACUGCGGGAUGGAGAACUUUGAAGGACAGGAAAGAAAACUGUCUUUAUCUAAAGGAUACACAGGUCUUAAUUAUUUCUAAAUGGGGGAGAAAAUAAACAUCCUUAAGAUGGUUUUACUUUACUUGGCUAACAAUCACCAUUCAUUUGUUAU